UACACUCCUGCUAUUGACAGCAAGAUUAGCGAAGAGCGCUAUUGUGAGCAAAGCAAAGGUCAUGCCUCAUCACGGUAGAAUAACCGUGAAACAAAACCGCAAACUGUUUAUAAUACGAACGUGACGGCAGCAAAUAUGUCGGACAUGGACUCACUUUUGGAUAUUCUCAGCAAUUUUGUCUGGACAGAGAAUGGUUGUAGCUUGAGUAAAUUCAUUUCCAAGAACAGAGAGUCUCUUCCUCAGAUUGUGCGAGUUUUGGAGGGAUUCCUGGGUGAGGAAUCGUCGGCAACGCUGGACACUGAUCAAAUACUAAUCCUCCAUAACACUCACAAAGAAACAAAGAUACUCGCGAAGGACAGUCAAAAUAGAGAUCUUUUUAUCCCUAAAAACUUUCAAGUAAAAGUGGAAAUGGUGCCUUCGAAGGCUUCGGAAGAGUAUUCAAGUGUUCGUGAGUUGUUGAGGACUUUCCCGCAAUAUUUUCGCGUCCUCGACGACAUAAAUACCGAUACAUAUGGCGUGUUAUCGGGGACUGUUUACAAAGUCAUUCGGCAAAAAGGUUAUAAUAACUACUUAGAGUGCAUACAAAUGGAGAAUGGUGUCGAGAAAGAGGAAGCCCGACUCCCUUUGCAUCUCGAAGGGCGCUUUCAGCCUUUACAAGACGCAAGGGAGUUUUUUAUUGACGAGAUUUUUACCACAGAAGACAACGGUUUUCCGGUUUGUGUUCGGUUUGUCAAAUCGUCUAAUCUGUACAUCGCUGGGCAUCAAUCGCUCCAUGACCUUGGGAAUAUUCUAUUGAUAGGGGAAUGUGAGACCGAAACGGUUCAUGCGACGGUUUUAGGACAACAAGAAAAGAUUUUAGCAGCAUUUCCGUGGAACCUCAAUGUUGAAAUACUUGCUGUCGAAACACAAGGAGAAAUAUACGAGCGGUUACGUCAAACAAUAAGUGAACAGGAGGCUAGAAAUCUCAAAAGAAUGACGAGACUUGAUAAAAUGAAUAUCUACUUUGCAGAUCGGCCUCUAAGACAGUUUAGCGAAGAUGUCUUACUUCCCCCGUCGCUUCCUUGUUUCAGAACACCUCGUGUACAUCAACAUGGCGAGGGCGUCACGCAAUCUGUUGAUAACGCUACCCAAGUCACGCAACCGGUUGGUAACGCUAGUACCGUCACGCAGCCAACUGGUUGCAGAAAUGAAGCAACGCAACCGACAUCGAUUGGAAUUGUCACGCAACCAGUAACAAAUACCUCAUUUCUCGAGGACCCGACAGAGGGAGACUCGCCACCCAAAGGUGGACCACCCCGAACGCGCCCGGUCCCCUUACCUAGAACGACCAUCAAGGCUACGAGAGCUUCAGAAAAGCCGUCUAUUCCUCCCAGACCAUCAUUUAUAAAUGCUAAGGCGAGGAUUCCUCGAAGACAGGUCAAGUCCUACGAGCCACCUGCUCCCUUGCCCGACAAGACAGCACCCCCCUUAUCAUACGAAUCGUCACCCCUCUUGUCUGGUGAUAAUGCAACACCCCCAUCGUCUGACAAUGGAACACCCCCCUUGUCUAACAAUGCAACACCCCCCUUGUCUAGCAAUGGAACACCCCCCUUGUCUGACAAUGCAACACCCCCCUUGUCUAACAAUGCAACACCCCCCUUGUCUAACAAUGCAACACCCUCCUUGUCUAACAAUGCAACACCCCCCUUGUCUAACAAUGCAACACCCCCCUUGUCUAACAAUGCAACACCCUCCUUGUCUAACAAUGCAACACCCCCCUUGUCUAACAAUGCGCCACCGCACUUGCCCGACGAGACACCACCCUUCUUGUCUGGCGAUGCAUCACCCCCCUUGCCCGAUGCGAAAGCACCCCCCUUGCCGGACAGAGCCCCAAUACCGCCCCCUAGGAGACGCCGACGCCGCUGUAAAAGUGCACCCAUCAUUUCCAAUAAUACCUACAAUGUUGAUGAUCUUUACGAACGAAUGGACGGAGGCGUGCCUCCGGGGGAUGCGAGUGAUGAAGAUGACACGUUGGAUUAUGGUUACGAGCGGAUGGAAGUUGUUUGUUUGAAAAAUGUACUUAACAAGUCCGGCAACAGAAGUGCCUCUAUGAAAACUCACAGUUCUAAGAAUCGCCAUUCCUCGGUGUCACGUGACCAAAGACAUUCUUCCCCUGCACCUUCCGAGAAUAUUUAUGCAGAACCUGGACGGGUUCACGAUAAUGUUGGAGGACAAAUAACUUCGCAGAACCUGUCUUCUACUAACAAUAACGCUGUGAACAGGGUUCAGAGUAAUGUUCAAGGUAAAACAAACGACAUUUGUAAAGAGCUAGCUGUACUUUGAACAAGAACUCGGUACUUUUUACCGGCGUUAUGUAUAAACAUCAGGCGCGUACACAGGGGGUGCGUAAAUUAUUUCUUCAAAUUCCAUAUGCUUUUCCAUAUGAUUCCUGUGACUGCCUUUCCGCCUCCCCUCCCCCCCUCCACCCUCAGCCAAUCCUGGGUACGCGCCUGUACUUCAAAAGAACAUUUGUAAGCAAUAGCUGGAAUGGUGAUUAUUAUAGUUUAAUAUAUGAUUUUAAAAAUACCUAGAAUACACACAUUUAAAUUUGCGCUAAUGAACUGGUAUGAUAGGUAUACAAGGCUGGAUAUAUGACCAAAGUUUUUCUACUACGGCCGUAGUAGUGUAGUAGAGGGGGUUUAGUCACAAGUAUGGCUAGAUAAGAGAGUUUCAAUUGGGUUAACCGUAAAAAAUAGCGUUGAGCGUAAAUUUGAAAAAAAAAUAACCGUUAACCGUCAUAAGGCGAAAAAUUAACCGCAACC